UAAACCAAACCGGUUGUGAACCGUUUUCGACUACUACCCCACUCCUCUUCGUUUCCUCGUGCUCGCUCCGCCCCCUACCCCCGAGCCGAGCGGGCGAUGGACGCCGCGGCGGAGCACGGCGGCGCCGACGGGGAUGCGGCGGCGGCGGCGGCGACGGUGGCGGCGAUGGGAGCGUACGGAGGGGCGGUGCGCGCGGCGGAGUCGGCGGCGGAGGAGAUCCUCCUCCUGUGGGCGCUGCGGCAGCCCACCGCCCACCGCCACAACGCCUUCGUCCGCCACUCCGCCCAAACCCUAACCCUAGACGCCUGCGGACGCCACCUCUCCAUCCUCCAAUCCCCCUCCGCCAUGAGUGCGCCGGGCGUGACCGGGGCGGUGAUGUGGGAUAGCGGAGUCGUCCUCGGCAAGUUCCUGGAGCACGCCGUCGAUUCGGGGAGGCUCCUCCUUCGAGGCCGGCGGGCGGUGGAGCUCGGCGCGGGGUGCGGUCUUGUUGGAUGUAUUGCAGCUCUUCUGGGUGCAGAUGUUGUGCUUACUGACCUCCCCGACCGGCUGAAGCUCUUAAAGAAGAAUGUGGAACUCAAUGUGGAAGGGCAUUCCCGUGGAUCCGCAACAGUAAGCGAGCUCACAUGGGGCGAUGAUCCCGAUCCAGAAUUGAUGGAACCCCCACCUGAAUUUGUACUUGGGUCAGACGUAAUUUACAGCGAAGAAGCAGUCGAGGAUCUACUGACUACCCUAAAACAGCUUUCUGGGACCCACACAACGAUCUUCCUGGCUGGAGAGCUCCGUAAUGAAAAAAAAAUUCAUUUGAUAGAUGUUGUGCUCGAGUGCUUCUUGGAUGCUGCGAUGGAGGACUUCCUAGUUGGCUGCAUCGAUCAAACGGAGUGGCAUCCUGAUUACCGCAGCAACCGAGUUGCGUUGUUUGUUUUAGUCUUAAAAAACCGGGAAAAACAGAUUGAACUUCCGUUCGGUGGAUCUGCGCAGAAGCGAACUUCGGUGCAGGUUUCGUGAUUACAAUCAUAUUGUAUAUUUAAGCCCAGCAUUGUAGCUUAGUUUGCAAAAGCUUAUCCAAAAUUUUGGUAAAUUUUCGUCUUGCGAGGAGAAGCUUUUUCAUGGCAGAUGCUAGUGUAAGAAUAUGCUAAUUUAUCUCUCAUGUAACAACAUUUUGUGAAAAAUGUGAUGAUUUAUCGUAACGACUCGACCUGCUAGCAAUAAUAACUCGUUGGGUCAAGACCAUUACUAAA